AUGCCGAAAUACGUCUGCCUUUGCUUGUGCGGAGACAAGAUCCCCGUACAAUUCGUAUGCGCGGCCAGCAGCAUUGGCGAUCUCAGCCAGGAAAAUGGAGUGGGAAGGACGUUGCAUCGGCAGCUGCAACAACAUGGCGAAAGAUAUCAAGAGCAAAGAAGUUUAAAAGGUAUGGGACUACAAGAACCAGAAGAAAUCUUUAAUAGAAGAGUACAACGUCAAAGUGAAAAGAUGUUCUCCAGUCCCCAGCUGCUGGCUGAUGUUCAACGUCUGCGCGACGAGGAAGCUGGCUUUCGUCCCGGCCCAUCUGCGAUUGACCAGGUGUUCAUCCUUAGGAGAGUGAUCGAAAUCUGGCAGCGAAUCCGAACUCACGAAGCCUACCCGAAGCCAAUGCAAUUAGCCUUUCUGGACAUUGAAGCCGUGUUCGACUCUCCUCAUAAAGGCCGUCUUUUCAACGCGCUUCGCGCCGAUGGAGUAUUAGAAAAGUUCGUUCGCUGGCUUGAUGACAUGAAUCAACGAACACCUGCUGCAGUUCAGACACAAACUGGAUAUACAACACCAUUUGAGGUGGUAACUGGAGUAAGACAAAGGGCAGUUGCAGGACAAAGGGCAGUUGCAGGACUCUUCCUGUGCAACUUCGGAAAGGAUCGCGAAACUCCACCAUGUUGUCGACCUUAUGUCGAAGGUAGCUGGAGCCUCUGGUUCACGUCUACGCUCUGA